AUGGCAAAUCUGGCACGGAGAGGCUCUACAACACCACAACAGUGGAGUAGUAAAGAGAGCACUGGCACCGGGACCCCAACUGGGCGUCAGGCUUGCGAAAUUUGCAGAGAGCGGAAAGUUCGAUGUGAUCGUGCUGAACCUAGAUGUGGUCGAUGUACCCGUCUAAGCCUACGAUGCGGCUACGAUAACAAGCGCCGUUCAACUCGAGAUGAUCUACCUGCCCAACUUUCACAGUUGGAAGACAGACUAGCCAAGGCCGAAGCACUCCUCUCUAUGCCCAGGACUCAUACAAUUCCUACCCCUCCUCAUAUCGAAAAACCCCCAACACCUACCAUGAUAGAUCCCACCAUGAUAGAGAUAUCGCCAUCUGCUAAUCAACCCAAUAAUGCUAUGGAAGUGGAUAUUAGUCUCCCGUGUGAGACGAGUCUACCUUGCUUAGAUGGCAACGACAUGGACCUAUUCACCAACUGCAAUGAUUAUCCCGAAAGCACUUCGGGUUUAUCGUUAGACUGGACACAACUAUCGCUACCGCUCCUAGAACCCACCGUGAGCCCAACUGCUCUAACACCACCACACGUCUCUUACCCACCUCAUAUAAUGUCAUCUUCCAGUCACGAAGAUGAGAUAACGACGUGGGACUUAGCCGCGCUCCAUCAAAAUUAUUUUAAUUUUAUCUAUUAUUAUUUGCCUUUUCUCAGCAAAGAACGUUUUAACGCGGAGCUCUCCACCAACGGAAGCUCUCCUGCGCUUCGCGCUCUCAGCUACGCGGUUGCCUUAAUGGGCUGCACUACCUCGGUGCAAUACGGCCAUUUACAGAAUACAUAUUAUACGCUAGCUCGUAGCUACGCCGAACAAUGUGAACGGGAAGCAUCGGAAGGAGGCACCGCCAGCCUUAACCUGUUCCAGGCCCUGGUCUUUAUCAUAAGAUUCGAGAUCAUGGACCAUAAACUAACGAGGGCCUGGCUGACACUGGGACGUGCGGUGAGAAUGUCGAAGUUGAUGGGAUUACAUCAAAUGGACCAGAACGUCAAGCGCGACGAUUCGAGCUUGGACAUGGGACUAUACCUCCCCCCUACAGACGACCCCAUGCUCAUGGAAGAACGGAGACGCUCGUUUUGGGGAUUGUAUAUAUUCGAAAGCUUUGUUCGCAUGCGUACUGGGAUGGAGUGUGACUUAGGAGCCGCAGAAGGAUUUGGCAUCUAUCUCCCGUCGCCCGGCUUACUAACAUCCGAUUUCGUGCCAAGCAAGAUGCCUUAUCUUGGUAAUUUAACCGCCGAUCCAUGUCCCGAGUUGUCAUCAUUUGCAGGCUGCGUUUUGAUGAUGGAACUUGCCAUUAAAUGUUUCGAUCACGGACGACUUGCCGAAUACGCGUCAACAAGAAAUGGUUUCUGGGAUAGUCACUAUAACCUAGUGAAGGUCAUAGAAGAACGAUUUGGGAUGCUACAUAUGCAUCUAAACGCUAAAUCGAUCCGCGAAGACCCUAUAGCUUUCAGUCUUUAUAUGAACCUACGCGGUACGGAAAUCCUUUUCCACGAGGUUGCCGUCAAAUUAGUAGAAAGGCAGGGGUUUCCCCUUCUAGCCGCUACUGAAAGUCAGAAACGCUCUAUGGCUGCCGCUUAUAAGGUUGCGAGUACUAUGCGUCUACACUGGCCUUCAGGGCAACUCGAUCGCGAUAUCCUCAACAUGCAGGCUACAUUCCUUGCAUGGCCAGUAGUAAUGGCCAUGAAGGCUCUUGGCCGCGAAUUGAAAUGCUCUACUCAAAUCAAGAGCGAAAGUACGAACUGCGCAGUAACUUCUCUGCGCUUGCUCAGAGCCGCGCUGGACUAUAUUGAAGAGCCUGGCGGAUAUUGGCAUCGUUGUACAACUAGCAUAGUGGCGGCGCUCCAAGAAUGGGAUGACGCGGGCGCAUUUGAUUCCAGCGACAUAUGA